AUGGACAACUUGUGGCAUCUCGGAGAUGAGUUCCGUGGGCAAUCAAAGGUGGUGGAGGACCGCCAAUGGUCUCUCAUGACAUCAAAGCUGGCUGAGAUCACAAAGUCAAAGGCUGAGAGGAUGAAUGACUUUGAGUAUGCAAGGAUGAACACCGUCCCUGAUGUGAAGCAAUGGGAUAAGCAAUCCUACCACCAAGAAGACAACAAGAUGGACCACCUCAAUCUUGGCCUCAUGAACCUGGAUCUUAAGAUGAACGAUCUCAAGAUGAACGAGGCUGCCAUGAAGUACCCUUUCCGCAACAUGGCCUAUAACAUGAACCCCAUGUACCCCAAGGGAAACAACGGUAAUGUCAAUUCAUUCAAGAUGAAUGUCGGGGUCAACAAAUAUCCGAAUAAUCAGAAUGGGAAGGAAGCAAACGGCAAACACAAUGGUGGUAACAACAACAAUGGAGGCAACAGCAACAACAACUCUGUUGACAAGCGCUUCAAAACAUUACCAACAAGCGAGAUGCUACCAAGGAAUGAAGUUCUUGGUGGAUACAUCUUUGUCUGCAACAAUGAUACCAUGCAGGAGGAUCUCAAGAGACAGCUUUUUGGCUUGCCAGCAAGAUAUCGUGAUUCAGUCCGAGCCAUCACUCCUGGUCUACCUCUUUUCCUCUACAACUACACGACCCAUCAGCUACAUGGGGUGUUUGAGGCUGCUAGUUUUGGAGGAUCAAACAUUGAUCCCACCGCUUGGGAAGAUAAGAAGUGCAAAGGUGAAUCCAGAUUCCCAGCACAGGUGAGGAUCCGCAUUAGAAGGCUUUGCAAGGCCUUGGAAGAGGAUGCUUUUAGGCCAGUGCUGCACCACUAUGAUGGUCCUAAAUUCCGCCUCGAGCUCUCCAUAGCAGAGGACACUGUCACUGCUGGACCUGUGCAAGACGGAAGACGCCUGAUCUGCUUUGGAACAUGGUUGUGGUUGCUCUGUGGUUCUUUUUAG